AUGUUUACAAGAUGCCCGCACUAAUAUAACAUUUAUUUCACAUCCUCAUGGUUUGUCGCAACACUUAAUCAUGCAUCCUGUUUGUUUGCAUAUCCACAGCCUCCCCGCCACAGUGUUAAUAUUCCACGCCACCCUGCUGUUCGAUGUGAGCUAGCCAUCUUCAACCAAUUUACCGAGCACCUCACAAUGUCUCAACGUCGCAAGAUUUCUGAGAUGGGUUUUGGGGGACUCUUGCAAAUUUCUGCAGAUCGGUUGGAGACUAGUGCCCUUCUAGUAUUUUUGAUGGAUAACUUGAAUCCAGAUUCAAUGGUUAUUGAUAUUGGACAUGAGAAUGGCCUGCAAAUUAAUCAAAUUGUCGUCAACAAGGUUCUUGGUAUACCAUAUGGAGAUAAAGAUCCACCUAGCUCAACGGAGGAGGAAAAUGAACGCGCUUUGGCUGAGUUCAAAAAAACUGUCCUUGUUGAACCAAACCGUGAUGUGACACGCAAGCAUCUGCUGGACCUUAUCAGAAAACUUGUCCUUGAUGAUGACCUGGCCGUAAGGAUUUUUUUUUUGGUUGCUUUCAACAAGUUGUUGUUCCCAGGCUUUGGCAACAACAUAAGGGCACGUGAUGCCUUCAUGACAAAGCACAUGUAUGUUUUCCGAGAUAUUAACUGGUGCAAGGCGGUUAUUGAUGAUCUGCGUCAAGUUGCGUUAAUAUGGCGCAGUGAGAAGCACAAAACUAUUCCUGGCUGUGCACUUCUAUUGCAAAUAUUCUAUUUGGACAACCUGCGUUGCAAUUGUAGUAUUCAACACAAACUUCUUCCCCGGGCUAGGUUCUUUGAUAAUUGUACUAUGCAAAAUAUAAUUAUUGAGGACAAGAGGAAGGACAAGGCCGGGAAGGAGACUUACGGGAAACUACCGCUAAAGAACAUUGCAAGUACGUGCUACCAUUUCUUUGAACUGGAUUCUAAUGAAUCACCUGAAGAAGCACGUUCUACCUCGUCAAAUACAUUCCCCUCCAUCAUAGGAGAGCUUGGUGGACUGGUAUAUCAGAUAGCCAGCACCUCAUCAAGGAAUAAUGCAUUUGAAGGAAUGAAAGUAUUCGAUGCCAAAGCACGCCAGGCCAUCGAGUCGGUCCAAAAGGGUUCUAAAAUGUUAGUGGAGGCACACAGUGAAUUCAUCAGUACCAUCCGGAGUAUAUUGCAAUCAGAAGUUGUUGAAAAGAGAAUGGAAGAUAACCAGCACCCGACCACUCCCUCCAUUGACAUAACUAUGUCAAAUGUGGCCUCACAUCAUAAUCGUUGUUGCGAAUCCUCUGCUAUGCAAACAGAUCAGCCGCACUCUGCUGCUCCCUCAAAUGAGAUCAGUGACGAACCACAGAAAUUACACAGUCACCAAGGUGACGCUUCUGCCUUCCCGGAGGAGUUGCAGUCACAUCUUCCCUUACAAACUGCCCACGAUGGAACCCCUCGUCGAAUGGCUCCAGAUUGCUUUAGUUUUGCACCUGAUAUUGAUGCGGUCAUAAGAGAACUCAGUCAAGCAGAAAAGAUGCAACAUGCUGCGUCGGUAGCCACUAACCACGAUCAUGGUCAGCUCUCAAAGAACGGUGAUGAGAAGUUGCCAGCUGAAUUAGAGGCACUUAGGCUUCAUGAGUCAUCUAUGAUGAUGGGAUCAAGGCAGCUGAAGGUUUAA